GGAGUUUUUCCAAACCAAUCAAACGAAGAGUUAAGAAAAGAGUUUUUCGUGUAUAUUUUUUAGAGCGCCAGUGUGGAAACAUGAGCGGUGUGCUGCGUCGCGGUUCCUUGAGUUUCGAUUUGAACAAGGGCAGGGGCACCAUCGAGGCGAACCUCUACGGCGGGUAUCGCGAGACAAAGCCUGCGCCGGGCACACCGGAAAUCAGUGUCAUAGCAUUGGACUUUCGCCGCUACUCGGAUGACUUGAAGAAGGUUCCUGUUGUCCCAGUCCCCCCAGCCCCGCCAGCAGGUUCCCCCCCCAACCCAGACCUCAGCCAGGAUGUGGACAGUGAUGUGAUAUCGAACUUCCUGGGCCACUACACCCGCUGGAGCUUCCUGUGGACCUUCCUGCUCUGCCUGUUGCAGCUGCCCACCACCUUUCACCUGUUCAUGUUCGUUUUUCAGCUGUCAGAUCUGCCGCUGCCAUCUGGCGAGGCCUCGCCCAUGCUGCAAUCCAGAGACUUGGAGGAGCUGGACCAGCUGCAGACCACAUUGCUGGAGCGAUUCUUCGGGGCCAUGAGCCGCUGGCAGGGCCACUGGUGCUACCUGCUCUCGAUCUUCCAGGCCAUCUGCACAUUUCACAUAUUCAUCUAUGUGUUCCAGACUGCACCCAAGGACUUUUGGUGUGCCCCGCCCGCAAAUCUCAACCAAAUGAAUCUCUCGGAAUGGCGCAAUCUCAGUCAGACAUCGGAUGGCUGUCUCCUGCUGGACCUGGACUACUCCCAGCUGAUCGUAGAGGAUGGCCAGGUGACGAAUUGGCCCGCGAAUGCCAGCGACCUGGGCUACCGGCAGUGCCAGGACUUUGAAUUCUCGGACAACGAAGCCCUGACGCUGGUGCAGGAGUUCGAGCUGGUCUGCGGCCGGGAUAUCCUCAGUCUGGUGGAGACCUGCUUCCUGGUGGGCGCUGCAGCCGGGGCCGUGCUCAGUGGCUGGAUUUCGGAUCGUUUCGGCAGGCGGCACACGCUGAUGGCAUUCGUGACGAUACAGAGCGUUUUCGGUGGAAUUUUGGCCUUCUCAACAUCGGUGGCCAUGUUCAUGUCGCUACGUGUUAUAAUUGGAUUCGCAUCAAUGACCGUGACUGUUGUGAGCUUCGUGCUGGUGGUGGAGCUGGUCUCCGGCAAGUGGCGGACCGUAAUCGGUAUUCUCAACAUUCUCCCAGUGGCCGUAACGUACGUCCUGGCCUCGGGUAUGGCCUAUCUCAUACGCGACUGGCGCAUCCUGCAGCUGGUCAUCUCAUGGCCCUGGCUAAUUAUGCUUGGUAUUUGGUUCUGGCUGCCGGAGUCGCCGCGCUGGCUGUUGGCCCAGGGCCGCCUGGAUGAACUCUGCGGAUUAAUUGAGCGAGCGGCCAAAACGAAUGGCACCAGCAGCCAGCUGCCGACCAACUAUCGCAAGACCCUGGAGGCAGCAGUGCCGCGGGAGGUGCAGCCCCAACAGGAGGGGGCCGGCAGCGAGGAGGUGAAGGGAGACUCAUUGGAGGCGGCGUCGAGCCACAAGAGUGGCCAUGUGAACCCCCUGCUGGUGGUGUUCGGCGGCAAGUACUGGCGCACCACGUGCCUGACGCUGAUCAUCUGGCUCACCCUGAUCAUCAUCUACUUCGGAUUGACCCUUCACCUGAGCAACCUCGGGGGCAACAUCUACAUAAACAACGCCGUGGCGGGCACCAUCGAGGCCUUGUCCAUCUGCACGAGCAUUCUGGUGGUGCUCAAGGCGGGCAUACGCCGGAGUCUCAUCGGUUACAUGCUGCUGCCGGGUCUGUGCUGCCUGGCCACGAAUCUGGUGCCGAGCCAGACGGGGGUGAUAGCUCUGGCCACCAUAGCCAAGUGUUUGAUUGGUGCGAACAAUGCCAUCAUUCCCACCUACACGGCCAUGCAGUAUCCCACGAUUGUGCGCAACUUUGGCGUCGGAAUGGGCAACCUGGCCGCCGGCAUUGGCCUCAUCCUGGUGCCCUUCCUCUGGCAUUUGGAACACAUUGAUGCCCUGCUGCCGCUGAAUGUCAUGGGUGUUUGUGGCCUCAUCGGCGCCAUUGCCAUUUGCCUGAUGAAGGAUGUGAAUUAGCUGGAAUCUGCACUAACCCUUUUCCCGUUUUGACAUGUCUAACUGUGAUAUAUUGGAACCACACACACACACACACACAUAGGGGGGAUAGCGCUUAGUUGCACCCGCACUAAAAACAUUUCUUUCUCAUUCUACACUAAACUAAGUUUUUAUAUUUGUUUUUUA